GCUCGGCUCGGUCCGGCCCGGCGCGGGGCCGCCCCGACGGCCGCAUGACCGCCGAGAGCCGGCUGCCGCCGGGCCCCCCGCCGCUGCCCCCGCCGCUGAAGGCGGACGCGGCGCCGCCAGGAGAGGAGGAGGCGGCGGCGGUGGCGGGGUCGCGGGGCGGGCGGCGGCGCCGCAAGCGUCCGGCGGAGCGGGGCAAGCCGCCGUACAGCUACAUCGCUCUCAUCGCCAUGGCCAUCGGGCAGGCGCCCGAGCGGCGACUGACGCUGGGCGGCAUCUACCGCUUCAUCACCGAGCGCUUCCCCUUCUACCGCGACAGCCCCCGCAAGUGGCAGAACAGCAUCCGCCACAACCUCACCCUCAAUGACUGCUUCGUCAAGGUGCCACGGGAGCCUGGCCGCCCCGGCAAGGGCAACUAUUGGACGCUGGACCCCCACGCCCGCGAUAUGUUCGAGAGCGGGUCUUUCCUCCGCCGCAGAAAACGCUUCAAGCGCAGCGACCUCUCCACCUACCCGGCUUUCCUCGCCGAGCACCCCGACGCUCCGUGCCGCCUCCUCCCGCUGCCCGCCCCGCCGCCCCCCGCCGACCUGCCCCCGGCUCCCGCCGCCUCCUGCGCCUUCGCCGCCGCCUUCCCCGCACAGGGCUGCGCCUCCGCCACCCUGCCCCACGCCUACGGCCCGCUACCCACCGCCCCCGGGCCCUACGCGCCGGGAGGUCACGGACCCCUGUACGCGCCGUCGGGGCGCAUCGUGCUGCCCGCCUCGCAGCCCGCCCCCGCCGGGGUCUACGGCCGCCGCUCCCCCGCGCCCUACCCGCCCCUGCCCCACGGCUACGGCGCCGGAGGACACCUGGGCAUCGCAGAGCCCGGACCCCGGCACGGCGCCUAUCCCGGCGGCCCCGACAGGUUCGUCCCGGCGCUCUGACCCGUCCCGGGUGAUGCCCGACAGCGCGGAGCAGAGCCCGGGAGAAGGCGGGCUGCGGGGCUCGCCCGGCGCCACUGGACCCCGGGAAGAUGCCAUCUGCCCGAGCCUCUUGGCGAGGAGUGGCGCUGUCAGAGACCUGGGGUGCCCUGUCCAGCCCUGUCCACUCUCGCUAGAAAAAGCCGUAGGGAUUCCCAAGUGCCUGAACGGUGCAAACAGACCAUUUCUCUUCCACAGCCUUUCCUGGGGCAGGUGAUCAAAGCCUCCUGCCAAGCUCCCGCUCUCCCAGCACAGGGCCCUUCCUGGUCUACCUGGGAAGAUCUCACUUUUAAAAACAUCUGUGCUGUUGAUGAUUUUAUUUACAGAACGUCUGUUGGUGCAGGGUAGGAAGGAGGCAGGAGGAAGCAUUCCCCGGCCUCGUGCAGGCAAAUAUGUAAAAGUGGGAUGCAUGGCACUGAUGUGGUGGCACGUCCCUGAUGUUGCACAGGGCUACUGCAUUAGUGCCAGGCUUUGCACCAGCAAGGUGGCCAGGACUGGAGAAGAUUUGGAUGCUGGAGUUGCAGGCAAACACAGCAAGUCAGAUCUCUCCAGGGGUCAUGCUCUCUGCUGUAGGGGUGGGAGAGUGGUGGGAUUGGAACUAUAAAAACUUCUACCAUGAGCAUGCCCAGCCCCUGGAAGAGGGACACAGCGAGGCUGUGGGACCUCUGCCCUUGGAGGGCUUUCCAACUUGGUUGAACAGAGCCUGAUCUAUCUCCAGAAUUGGAUCCAGCAUUAAAUUUGGAUGUGCUUUGAGUGGAGACAUGAUCCUGAAGUCUAUGGAGGUACUUACAUCCUAAAUUACUUUGAUCUUAAGGUGAGCCCAGCUCUGUCUGUAGCCUAGAGAAAUUGGCAUCUGUGGGGGAAAACUUUCUUUCCUGAAACACAAGAGGCAGGACAUGACGCCUUUUCAUCUUCAAUUGCUCCAAGUUCAAGCUUUCUUAGGAUGGAAAAGAGACCAGAAGACAAUGUGGGGAGGGAAAAACUAACAGGAACAUUUAUAAGAGGUAAAGGCUUGAAAAUAGAUCCAUGGGGAAACUCAAGCAAACACCUCCCAACAUAUUCCACUACCUCUGGAAGGGGCCUGGAGCAGUGGUGUUUGCCCAGGGCUCUGCCUGGGGCUGUGGAUGGAGAGGGAACUGACAUAGCCCUGCUGUCCAGGUCUGCUUAUACAGCUCCUUUUUCCUGGGGAGGUGGGGAGCCUGUGUAACCAGAGCUGGGAGGAGGUUGGUGAGAAGAUCCUGUCCUUACACGGGGAGAGGGAAGUGGAAAGUGCAGCCAGAGCGUCAGUGAGAGUUUUGGAAGAACAGAGAGGGUACACACACAGCGGGGUCUUGCAAUAGAGAAGGGCACAGAUUAUAUGCAUAACUUAUGAAUAACUCAGGUUAGAAGUUUCUGUUUCAACCUUGUACCCAAAUCAGGGUCACCAAUGACUCAAAUCUGGUUGCUCUGGCCUGUCUAGUUGAGUCUUGGUCACCUACAAGAAUAGAGACACAGCACAGUCUGUUUGGGCAGCUUGACUGUCCCUAGGGGGGAGAAGUUUCUCCUUGUAUCCAUCCAUUCAUCACCUCUCUAGUCACAUUUCAUGUCUACUGUAUCUUGUCCUGCUACUGUGCACUGAUGCAAAGAGCUCUUGAUCCCACGAAGACACCUGUGCCUUCUGCUCCACAGAACAUUUUUCAGAUGAGGUCCUCAGCAGGAUGAAAUUUGUAUAGAGGCAACUUCCUUGCCUUCUGUGGGUGCUUUGGUCCAAGUAUCCGGGUGGGACAUGAGUGUCCAGGUGGCUGAGUGUCCCCACAGCACAGUUUGGCAGGGAGAAACCCUUUGCAGUAGGUGGACAGGAAAAGUUGUAUGCCUCUUCCAUGCGGCUCUGAGGUAGGAGAUGAGUUUUGGACUCAAGGCCUCAGAGUGCUAAAGGUGGCAUGUGGUGGGUGAGUCACCCCAUGGGCUGGGAGGCUGGGCCUGGCCUGAUAUUGCUGCCCCUUGUCCAUCUAGACCUGUUGGUGGUACCGCAGGAAACUGCUGCACAUGGAGCUGGGGAGGUUGCAUUGCCACCAGUGGGGGGUACAGACAACAAGUGUAGGUGCCAUUCAAGUCUUUGGCGUGGUGAGGUGGAUCAGAUUGUUCCUUUCCUUUCCCUUCUGAAGAGCUGUGUUUUAUCUUUCAAUGUCCUUCCUGGUCCUGGCACAUCCAGAAGCUGCUUCAUCCUGGAGGGAGCAGAGUCUUGUCUGCAGCUUGGCUGCCUCAUCCUGGGGCAGGUCUUCUCAGCAGCCAUGCUAGCUCCUCUCCCAUCUUCUCCCUUCACCAUCUGGAAGAGGAGCUGUACAUCUAGCUGUGCCAGCUUCUAGGUUUUUUGACAGCUGCCUGCUGCCUCUCUGCUUUCACUGCCUGCAAGGACUGGACUGUGUCCCUUUGCUAGCAAGUCAUGCUGUCCUCUUGAUGGUUUGGGAGUAGCUGGGAGAACUGUCCUGCCUUUUAAUGUUUUCUUUCCUUCCUGUAGAAGCAGUUAUCAAUGUGGAUCAGAUAAUUUUCCUGAUCCUAGAGGCCUUCUGGCCCUUGUUUCUCUUCAGCCUAGUUUUGUUCACUGGUCCAGCCCUGGUGCUAGUCUGAAGUUCAGUUUAAAAAAAAAAAAAAAGGU